AUGGGAGGAGGGGAGUUGUGUUCAAGAUACGGAAAUGGGGUUUGUGAAAAAAUGGGGAAUUUAUGGGAAGAUUUUGGGAAAAAAUUGAAUGACUCAAUUUCAAAUAGCAAGAUUGGCAAAUAUUUCAAGUUACAAGCUCGAAAGACUUGUUUCACUCAAGAACUUCGGGCUGCAACCGCGACAUUUCUCACCAUGGCCUACAUCAUCACAGUCAACGCCACAAUCCUGACUGAUUCCGGUGGGAUGUGCUCUGUUUCCGAUUGCACUCCUCCUUCAUCCAACCAAACAUCAACAUUUAUUUCCUCAGAUUGCAUGUUCAAACCCAAUAUCGGUUAUGAAAAUUGUCUUUCAAAGCUAAAAAGUGACCUUAUCGUCGCCACCGCUUUGUCAUCGAUGAUUGGAUCAUUAGCUAUGGGCAUAUUUGCUAACUUGCCUUUGGCAUUGGCUCCUGGUAUGGGCCCAAACGCUUACUUGGCUUACAACUUAGUGGGCUUUCAUGGGUCAGGGUCCAUUUCUUAUCAAACAGCUAUGGCCAUUGUAUUGGUUGAGGCUUGUGUUUUUUUAAUUAUUGCAACUUUUGGGCUGCGUGCCAAGCUAGCGCGACUCAUACCCCGAUCGAUCCGGUUAGCUUCCGCAGCCGGAAUCGGGCUUUUUAUAGCGUUCGUGGGCUUACAAGCUAAUCAAGGUAUUGGGCUUGUAGGUCCUGAUCCUGACACCUUAGUAACCCUGGCAGCAUGCACCAGUAGAAAUUCGGUCACCGGGGCAUGCACCGAUGGAAUCAUGCAAAGCCCAACAUUUUGGUUGGGCUUAGUCGGGUUCCUAAUCACAUGUUAUGGGUUAAUGAAGGAUAUUAAAGGUAGCAUGAUUUAUGGUAUCUUGUUUGUCACCUUAAUAUCAUGGAUUAGGCACACAUCCGUGACGGUUUUUCCCGACACACCUCUAGGCGACACAAGAUAUAAGUACUUCAAAAAUGUGGUAGAUUUUCACAAAAUCGAGUCCACCCUAGGUGCAAUUAGCUUCGUCAAUUUUAACCGAAGUGAAGUAUGGGUUGCCCUAUUCACUUUAUUAUACGUAGACAUACUUGCCACCACAGGUACAUUAUAUACAAUGGCAGAACUCGGGGGUUUUACUGAUGAAAAAGGCGGUUUCCAAGGGGAAUAUGUAGCAUACAUGGUCGAUGCAGGGACCUCGAUCGUGGGGUCCACGCUCGGUGUCUCUCCAAUCGCAACUUACAUCGAAUCCUCAGCUGGGAUUCGAGAAGGUGGUAGAACAGGAUUAACUGCAAUCCUUGUUGGAUUUUAUUUCUUUUUAUCGAUAUUUUUCAUUCCAUUAUUUAGCAGUGUGCCACCAUGGGCCAUUGGUCCAUCUUUAGUCAUGGUCGGAGCUUUGAUGAUGAAGGUGAUCAAAGAUAUCGAGUGGGAUAACAUUAAAGAAGGUGUACCCGCAUUUGUGACCAUUUUACUCAUGCCUUUAACGUACUCGAUUUCAAAUGGAAUUAUUGGGGGAAUCGGGAUGUACAUUGCUCUUAGCUUGUAUGAUUAUGGAGUUUGGUGGUUCAAAUGGUUGAUCAAGAUUAAGAAGAUGGUUUCAAGAGAACAAAAUCAAGUAUCUGCUAGCAUUGCGGCUGAUCGAAUCGUUGAGGUGUUGUGA